UUCGCCGGGCAUAAUGUUUAAGUUUCUUCCGCUAGCUUUAUUAACAUUAGUGAUUUGUCACAUGAGCUCAUCUCAACUCCUGGAUGAAGAAUGUUUGGACUCCGAAAAUGUUGGGCACCAACGUCAACUGGAAAGUACUCCCUGGCUGGCUAGCGUAUAUAAUUAUAAUAAAUUUAUAUGCUAUGGAACACUCAUAAGCAAUCUCUUCGUUUUAUCGUCGGCGAGUUGCACAUGGAAACAAAACCAACUAUAUGUGCGCUUGGGGCAGUAUCAUAGAUCCUGCAAGGACUCGCGUUGCAAUACCGUCGUACUGUUCGGAGUGGACGCGGUUAAUAUACAUCGUAGCUUUCAUCCAAUCAGUGGCAUAGGCGAUAUUGCUCUCCUAAAACUCAUUGAUGAGGUUAAAUACAAUGCAUACAUCCGGCCUAUCUGUAUAAUCAUGGAUGACCUGGUUAAUUCAGAAGAAAUUCAACAUUUGAAGGGCUUUGGAUGGCACCAUAAAAGACAAUCGCUGGAGGCCAUACAGCUGACUAAGAAGCCACACUAUUAUUGCGAUCGAACUAAUGAACCUCUGCAGAUCUGUGCUGAAAAUGAAAAUAACUACUGUGGUAUCCUCUCAGGGGGUCCACUGGCAGGUAAUUUCCAUUAUAAGGGGGAAAAACUAACAGUACAAUUUGGACUCGUUAGCAACGCCAAUGAGUUCUGCGAAUCGUAUGGGAAACACACAAAUGUGAUGGCCUAUAAAACCUGGUUAUAUAAUACUAUAAGCCAUCAGGAGUCCCAACAAAAUCGGGUUUUAUACGACGAUUGUUCGAGCAGUUGGGCUGAUGAAGUCCUCGUUCGCCUGUGGGAGGUGUCACUGUUUCAAAAUACUUUCACUGGUGCCUUGGUCACAAAUCGUUUUGUGGUGACUGUUGCAAGUGCUUUUUAUAGAAGUUCUUCCCUAACUCCAGUUAAUGUAGUAACCAAAUACGGUGAAAGUCUUAAAGUGGAAUCUAUACACAUGCACGAAGAGUUUGGUUAUUCCUCAACAUCACUAAAGAACAAUAUAGCUCUGCUAAAGCUGGCUAAAAAUGUGCCCAACUCAGAUCUUGUAAAACCAAUCUGCAUAGUCAUUAAUCCUAAAAUCCCAAGGACAUUGACUAAAAUUAUCAAUAGAAACACCGAAGAUUUCAUGGGCUUUAAAAAAGUGACUUCCAGUCCCGUUGAUAACUUUGUUUGUGGCCAACAGAUUGGAAUACCAGUAGAAAGUAACCAGUUUUGUGUGGAAGAAUCUACCGAUUUCUCUCAUAAGACACCUGGCUCAAUAUUAGGCACAUUCAGGAAUAUCAGCGACGUGAAUAGAUAUAUUCUUAUUGGCAUAUUGAGCUUUGAUAGGAACGGCAUGUUCGUUUAUACAAAUAUACAAAGUUAUGUAUAUUGGAUGGUAGAUACUGUUAACUUAUUGUAGCUACGAAAAUUCAUUAAAAAAAAAUUUGUUUUUAGUAAUAUAAAAUAGAUUUUUAGUUCUAAGAAAAAGUUUACGACAGAGAUUUUUUUGAGAAGUCCCAACAUAUAAAUUCUUUAUUCUCCAUUAUUUAUAAUCAGUAAUUAAUCUCAUUUGUCAAGUAGAUGUUGAGUAAGUUGAGCUUUUAGCCCAAAGCGCCAUUGAUAAGCAACUGUUAUAAGUCAUAGCUCACAUUCCAUUGUCAGAAAUUAUGAAAUAAAUCACUUAUAUGAAAGAAAAAGAAUUUAAAAUAUCAUCCUUUUUUUUUAUUAUUAAAAAAUGGGAAUUUUAGUUUUAUGAUUAGCACACUGCUACCCUAUUGGCAGCUUAAUCUAAUCAGUUUCGAUAUAGAUAAUUACUGAGUCUAAGGGUUAUUUAGGGUAAGAUUUUUUUUCUUUUUUAUGACAUACCAACGAGUGAGUUUAAAUUUUUAUGUCAAAAUCCGGUCCAGCAGAUCUUGAGGGUAGUGUCGUUUAAGUCUUCUUUUGACUCGGUUGCUUGGUUCAGAGCUGUUUAUAGCAGCGGUGCCAGCGGUUAUCUGGUUAGGCUAUUGGGAUGCAAAUUUAUCCUAUCCAUGGUUUUCGGAGCCAGUUCCUGCAGCUUGCCUCCAAGUUUGAGUACGUUGAGAU